AUGCGUCUCGCCUCACUCCUCUCCGCCACAGCAGCGGCCAUGGCCGUCUCCGUCCAAGCAGGAGGACAAUGCGCCGACAGGACGGCCAGCGGAGACGCCAUCACGGGGUUCCGCUUCUCGCCCGGCUGCAACACCUGGCAGUGGUACUCCCGCGACAAGGGCACGACCAUCACGCUCAACCCGGACUGCCAGCUGCGGCAGGCGUGGCCGAACCCGACGGCCGUCGGGUACGUGUGCAUCCGGAACAAGUCGGGCGGCAACAAGUGCUUCGCGGCGCCGACGGCCGCCGAUCAGAACUUUUGCGGGAUCCCGGCGGACUGGUGUAACAAUAUCGAGAACAUGUGGGGGUGGGCGUAG